CCCCGCUCCGCUGGCCUCCCGUGUGAAAGGCGCGGAGCCGUGGGCAGGUCGAGGGAGCCGUAGGAGGCACCUGCAUUCUGGUUCGGGAUGUGGGGAGAGGCCGCAGCAGCUGCGCCCACGUUGUGCUCCAGGGUCCAGGCAGGACCGAAAGCUCCGGAGAGGCGGCGGCCGCGCGCACCCCCGCGCUCCCGGUAGCCCCCGCGUCCCGACCCCUGCUCAGCGCCCCCUCCCCUCGGCUCGCGGCGCCGCGCCCACGCGGACACGCGGCGGGGCAGAAGCGCGCGCCUGGGCUGCGGAACGGCGGCAUGGAGGAGCCCCUGGCGUGGGAGACCGACGGCUUGCUUCCUAUGGAGAGGCAGCUCCAUGAGGCCGCCCGACGGAACAACAUCGGGAGGAUGAAGGAACUGAUGGAGAGGAGAGUCAACGUCAGGGCCAGAAACCACGUAGGCAGGGUGGCCCUGCACUGGGCUGCGGGCGCCGGGCACGAGCCAGCUGUGCGGCUGCUCCUGGAGCACAAGGCUGCUGUGGACGACGAGGAUGCGUUUGGGAUGAACGCGCUUCUCCUGUCUGCCUGGUUCGGCCACUUACAGAUCCUCCAGAUCCUGGUCAACUCUGGGGCCAAGAUCCACUGUGAGAACAAGGACGGCCUGACCUUACUACACUGUGCAGCCCAAAAAGGCCACGUGCCGGUGCUGGCGUUCAUAAUGGAGGACCUGGAGGACGUGCACUUGGACCAUGCUGACAAACUGGGAAGGACGGCAUUCCACCGGGCGGCUGAGCACGGGCAGCUGGAUGCUCUGGACUUCCUUGUGGGCUCUGGCUGUGACCACAAUGUGAAGGACAAGGAGGGUAACACGGCCCUUCACCUGGCUGCCGGCCGGGGCCACCUGGCUGUGCUGCAGCGGCUUGUGGACAUCAGGCUGGACCUGGAGGAGCAGAACGCGGAAGGUCUGACUGCCCUGCACGCGGCGGCUGAAGGUGUCCACCCCGACUGCGUACAGCUGCUCCUUGAGGCUGGGAGCUGUGUGAAUGCCCUCACCCAGGUAAAAAAACAGAGCUGUCUCCACUAUGCAGUCCUCGGUGGCUCUGAGGACAUGGCCCGGACCCUCAUCCACGCAGGAGGCCACACCAACAUGGCUGAUCAUCAGGGCGUCUCUCCUCUGCACCUAGCUGUAAAACACAACUUCCCUGCCUUGGUCCAGCUCCUUCUCGAUGCCAGUAGUGACCUGGAUGCCACAGACAACAGGCAGCAGACACCCCUCCACCUUGCGGCUGAGCACGCCAGGCAGGACAUAGCGGAGAUGCUCCUCAUCGCGGGGGUUAACUUGAACCUGAGAGAUAAGCAAGGGAAAACCGCCCUGGCAGUGGCUGCUCGCAGCAACCACGUCAGCCUCGUGGACAUGAUCAUAAAGGCUGAUCGCCUCUACACGUGGGAGAAGGAUCACCCCUUGCGCAAGGACCCCAAGGAUCCCUAUAGGAAGAACUUGACCUUUAAGCAGGACCAUCGGCAGGAAAGGCAGCAAUUCCACUCUGUGCUGUGGCGACUGGCCUCCAGGGACCUGCGGCCUCAUGAGUGGAAGAAGCUGGCGUAUUGCUGGGAGUUCACUGAGGCCCACGUCCAUGCCAUCGAGCAGCAGUGGACAGGCACCAAGAGCUACCAGGAGCACGGCCACCGGAUGCUACUCAUCUGGCUGCAUGGCGUAGCCACCGCUGGUGAGAAUCCUGGCAAAGCGCUGUUUGAAGGCCUCGUGGCCAUUGGCAGGAGGAACCUGGCUGAAAGCAUCAGGAAGAAAGCAAAUGCUGACCUGGGGGCCCCCAGCAGGUGCACGGCCAUGUAACCAGAGGGGCCCGACUUUCAGGGGCAUGGGGCCUCAGAAUGGGAGCCACUGAACAGAAGAGGACCACCACGAGGGCUUU